AUGGGUCUCUCCAAGACCAACAGGAUCAUCAUCCUGCUUGUCAUCGACACAGCCUUCUUUCUCUUGGAGCUGAUCACUGGAUAUGCCGUCCACUCCCUCGCUCUCGUGGCCGAUUCUUUUCACAUGCUCAACGAUGUUAUCUCACUAUGCGUCGGACUUUGGGCAGUCAAGGUGGCCAAUCAGGAGACAAAUUCGAAGAUGUACACGUACGGUUGGCAACGCGCAGAAACCCUCGGUGCCCUUGUCAACGGCGUUUUCCUAGUCGCGCUUUGCAUGUCGAUUUUCUUGGAGGCAAUUCAGCGCUUGGUCGAACCCCAGGAGGUCCAAAACCCGAAGCUGGUCUGCAUUGUUGGCUGUCUCGUGGGCCUGGCCCUGUUCCAUGACCACUCCCACGGCGGCCAUGGCCACGGUCACGAUCACGGCCACUCACACGAUGAGCAUGACGAUAUGGAACAGGGAUACAGCGACCACGUGAGUGACGAGGCCGUCGCUGAACAUAGAAGUGUUGCAUCUGUCAUGCCCGAGAACCGGGUGGGAACUGCCCAUCCGCCUAAGAACAGCCUUCCUCAUCCCGCUACCGACCCGGCGUCCCCUGUCUCACGCAAGCGCCUACUCGCCGAAUCCACUCGGGGCCCUCGGAGAUUCAGUACCUCGACCGGACGCCCACUCACCAAUGUGGAGGAUAUCUACGCCCACCCUGCGACUAUGCGACAGGAUAUCAUUGCUGCUGGCCGUGGAACCUUUGAUGACCCGUCCUCGGACUCUGACAGUCGUGAUGAUGAAGGCCCCACCGAACAGUCUGGCCUCCUUCGCCACCGUGACCGCGCAUCGAACUACACUGAUGAGCACGACGCUCCUCUCAAGGCCCACGAUCACGAAGAAGACAUUCAUAAGAGCCACAAUCAUGCCCAACCAAAGCCGAAGGGCAAGGGUGGUCAUGGUCACGGUCACGAUCUCAACAUGCGCGGUGUCUUCCUCCACGUCAUGGGAGACGCUCUGGGCAACAUCGGUGUCAUCGUGUCAGCGCUCAUCAUCUGGUUGACUGACUACAAAUGGCGAUUCUACGUCGAUCCUGGCAUUUCGCUCGUUAUCACGCUCAUUAUCCUGGCUUCUGCCAUUCCCCUUUGCAAGGCCGCGUCUCGCAUCCUGCUGCAAGCCGUGCCUCCCGGCAUGAGCAUUGACCACAUCAAGGAGGACAUUGAGGGUCUCCCCGGUAUUCUCGGCUCCCACCACCUCCACGUGUGGCAGCUGAGCGACACCAAGAUCGUCGCCUCGAUCCACAUCCAAGUCGACACCGAGAUCAAGGGCGAGGGCUCGGAGCGCUACAUGAACCUUGCGCGCCAGGUCCGCCGUUGUCUCCACGCCUACGGUAUCCACUCCUCGACCAUCCAGCCUGAGUUUUCCCCCGAUCCUGAGGCGGAGGAGAACCAGAAUCAGACUCAGGCAUCCUCCUCUUCUGCCGACCCCAACCCGCCCAGCCGUGCGGCCAGUCUGCAGAGUGAUUCCCAGGCCUGUCUCUUGGAAUGCGAUGACAACUGUGCCCGAGGCGGCCAGUGCUGUCCUAAAAAGUCGACUUGA